CGGCGAGGGGGGGGCAGCCCUGGAGAGCACUUACCAGACAGCAGAAGUGCAGCGUGACAUGCCCCAGCGCACCGCCGGCACGGUGGCGGAUCCGCGCGACCAGCUCGACCGAGACGAACGGCGGCGACGGGACCAGUGCGUCCCAGAGCAGCAGCACGGGCGCGGGCGGCCUCGCGAGCACGGCCGCCGCGGCCGAGGCCCGCGGCGGCCUCGUGACCAACGCGUCCGGUACAGACAGCAGCACUGUGGCCCGCGCUGCCGGGGCCAGCGGCGCUGCCGCGGCCAGCACGCCCGAGGGCAGCACCGCCGGGGGCGGGGCGCCCACCGCGGUGUGGUGGGGCCGCCCGCGAGGGCAGGCGGGGCGCCCCCGGGGGCAGGCCGCGCACGUCGGCGGGCCCUCGGCCGGCGGCGCGGGCGAGCCCUACGCGCAGCGCUGGCUCAGCCUGGGGCGCGAGAUGGGGGCGGUGCUGCUCCAGGAUGCCGGCCCCGGUCCCGGGUGGAGGCUCGGCACGCCCAGGGCGUGGGUGGUCGCCGUGGCGGUGGCGCUCGCACUCGCCGGGGCAGCUGCGGCGCUCUGCUGCGCGUGGCCCCGCGCGGAGAGCCCCGGCGAGCAGCGCGGGGGCAAGCCCUGGCAGUCGUGCGUCGGGCGGCGGUCCAAUCCCGGCUCCGCCCAGGGGUCGGCCAGCAGCCUGGCGGCGAGCAGCGUCGCGAUCGACGACACGCGGCCCGCCUCCAGGGCGGGCAGCCUGAGGCCCGAUGCCAGGGCGGGCCCUGGCGCCAAGCCCGGGGCGGAGCCCACCGCCAAGGUUUACACGUUCGGCUGA